CCUCCAGGAACGAGGAGGCAGCGCCAGGGAGAGGGAGGCACCCCGAGAUCUCGGGGAUUUGGGGACCCCCGGCCAUGGCCUGGGUUGGGGACGGAGUCGGGGGACACCUCACGGUCCUGGCUCGGGUCCCUGCAGCCAUCCUGGAGUCCGGGAGCAGCGAGGAGGAGGAGGAGGAGGAGGAGGCAGCUCCCGGACAGCACCUGCUCCUAGAUGCGGUGCCAGAUGACACCGAGACUCGGCUGGCCCAGCUGGAGCAAGCGUCGCAGGCGCUGCUGGCCGAGCUGGCGGCGCUGGACACCGAGGUGGAGCUGGAGCAGCAGAGCUGGCAGCGAGCGCAGGCCUUCAGUGCCCAGGAGAACGCGCGGCUGGAGAGGAUCAGCCUGGCCGGGACACCCGAGGGAACCCCUGAGGUGGCCCCAGAGGAGGUGACACCUGUGAUGACCCCCAAGGUGACUCCAGAGGAGGUGACACCCACAGGGGCGGCACUGGAGGAGCUCCCUGCCCCUGCCCAGCUCCCAGCUACACAGGAAGAUCUCUCCCAGCUCCUGGAACAGCACCGGGACCUCCAGGCACAGCUGCAGCACCUGCACACCCAGCUGGAGCUGGAGCGGGAGGAGCAGCAGCGCCUGCGGGCGGCCCUGGCCGCCAGCCAGAGGGCACUGAGGUCCUUCAAGAGAGUGUCCCAGAUUGUCACCCAGGAUUACUGCCAGGCCCUGGAGCAGCUGGAGCUGGAGCAGGACCUGCGCUGCCACGCCGAGGCCUUCGCCCACCAGAUGCUGGUCCAGCAGAAGGAGGCGAAGCGCCAGAGCUCCAUCCUGCUGAGGAGCGCCACGCCCGAUUCCCAAAUCCUGGAAGCGUUCCAGGAACUGGAAAAACUCAGCCGGGAGCUGGAGGAGACGUGGCAGGAACGGCGCCAGCGGGAGGAGGAGCUGGAGCAGGAGCGGGAGGAGCUGCAGCGGGCGCGGGAAGCGCUGGAGGAGGAGCGGGAGGAGAAGCGGGAGCUGAGGGAGCGGCUGGAAGGGCUGGAGAAGGAAGUGGGAUCCCUCCGGGAGCAGCUGGCGCAGCAGCCGCCACCUCAGAGCCACCCCGAGGUGCCACCGCCGCCACCGCUGCCACCGCCCGCUGCCACCACUGUCCCCGCCGACCCCCUGGCCGCCCUCAGGCAGAGGAAGGCACGGAAAAACCAGGAGCAGAGUGACUCAGGGGCCGAGGACAUCCGUGCCCGGGCCGUGCAGGAGAUGCUGGAGCGGAUCCGCACCGGGAUCGUCCUGCGGCCAGCCAGGGCCAGGCCACCCCCGUGCCAGCAGGACUCCGUGGCCAGCAAGAGGAGGAGCGCAGCGCUGGAGCUGCAGGGGAUCCUGGGUGCCCUGCGGAGGCCGAGCCGGAGGCGCAGCCGGAAGAGCCGGGAUCAGGAGCGCGGAUCCGUCCUGGAGCUGGGAUCCAUCCUGGAGCGGCGCCGCCGGGCCCUGGACGCUUCCAUGGGGGAUUCUGGGGGAAACCGGUCCAUGGGCACCCAUGCCACGGGGAAUUCCAUGGGCACCAAUUCCUUGGGAAACCAGUCCAUGGGCACCAAUGCCACGGGCAAUUCCAUGGGCACCAAUUCCAUGGGAAACCAGUCCAUGGGCACCAAUGCCACGCGGAAUUCCAUGGGCACCAAUUCCAUGGGAAACCAGUCCAUGGGCACCAAUGCCACGGGCAAUUCCAUGGGCACCAAUGCCACGGGCAAUUCCAUGGGGAAUUCCAUGGGGAAUUCCAUGGGGAAUUCUGUGGGCACCAAUUCCAUGAGGAAUUCCAUGGGGAAUACCAUGGGCACAAAUGCCAGGGGAAACCAGUCCAUGGGCACCAAUGCCAUGGGCACCAAUUCCAUGAGGAAUUCCAUGGGCACCAAUGCCAUGGGCACCAAUUCCAUGGGCACCAGUUCCAUGGGGAUUUCCAUGGGCACCAAUUCCAUGGGAAACCAUUCCAAGGGCACCAAUUCCAUGGGCACCAGUUCCAUGGGGAAUUCCAUGGGCACCAAUUCCACGGGCACCAGUUCCAUGGGGAAUUCCAUGGGCACCAAUUCCAUGGGCACCAGUUCCAUGGGGAAUUCCAUGGGCACCAAUUCCAUGGGCACCAGUUCCAUGGGGAAUUCCAUGGGCACCAACUCCAUGAGGAACUCCACGGGAGCACAGGAGCGCGACGGAGCUGGGAAGGAGCCGGACGCGGGAAAAAAGGACCAGGACCAGGACAAGGACCAGGACCAGGACACGGCCAGUGUCCCCUUCCGGCCCCGGGGCCUUGGUGGCCUCCCCAGGACGCGUCCCCGCCCUCGCUGGGUUUGGGACAGCGGGGACAACGCCUAGGAGCCGCUUCCCAGGAAUCCUCACCCUCCUUUCCUGGGAUUUUCCAGCUUCAUUUUCCGGGAUGCUCCCACCAUCAGUUCCCAGGGUCUUCCACCCUUUUCCCCCAAGAUUUCCCACCCUCCCUUCCAAAGAUUUUCCUG